AGUGUAAUGCAAAUGCUGUCCGGUUUUCUAUCAUGUUUAACAAACUCGAUACUAAUAAAAUGAUUGCUCUUGGCCGUAAUUUUUCCAUCGGCACUCUCUACAAUCACAUUGAAGACGUCAUUGUACCCAAUAUGCGUCUGUGGGAUCCAAGUGAUGUUUCUUGUCUGGCCACUGUCAAAACAGAACGGAAAGAAACUGUCAAAGUUCAUUCAAUUGUGGCUGAGCAAAUGAGUGAAGAAGAAGACGAUAUUGAUGAUGAUGAAUCUGGGACCACCUUGUUGUCUGAUUUGGGAAUGGACAAUCACUCGGCCAUGAGUUUGAUGGCUGGACUGUUACACCCUUCAUUGGCAGGAGCUUGGCAGUACCUGAUUGAUCGAUCUGAUUCCACAAUGGGAUUGUUUGAUCUCGGCUCUGAAGUGGCAAUCCAUUGUUGUUCCUCCAGCAGGAAAGUCUCAGUCGACCCCACUAGCCUGGAAAUUAUCUGCCGGCCAGAGAGACUCAUCAAGAGCCAGGCCACUCACGUCGUUGUAGCGGUCACUUACGGCCUGAAGGCCUUCUGCAUUUUCUCUCCUCAACUCGGCCCACAUCCGAAAAGUUCCAGGGACGAAGACGACUACGCCCACUACUUUGCCAACGGACUUUUGAAUGGCCGAAAUCAACUAGAACUGGACGAAGAAGAUGAAGACGGCCGCCUUAUUCCGUUAAACUUGCAGUGUCUCCUGUACAGCGACUUGAUUGGCGUCAAAAGUGGACAAAGCUGGACUUUGAAGGACGUCGGCGAGCAGUACCAAGCCUGCAGGAAAGUCAUGGAUCACCUGGCCAGCACGGCCAUCCCGUUGAGAGUGUGGUUGUACCCUCUUGGAGGGAAAUUGCUCGUUAAAUUGUUGAAAAAGUUGCACCCUUUGAACUCAUUUCUCCAGAAAUUCUUUAUGGACAUUUUAUUUGGUAGAGUGAAUAAGCCCAAGGAAUAUCGAAUUAAUACCACAGACCUAAAACCAAAAGUACCAAGUCCCCUAAAAAGUUUCAUAAUCUAAAGAUAAGAAAUCAUCUAUAUUUUUUUAUAGGAUUGGUUAUAAAUUAAGUUCAAUUCUUUUAAUUUCACCCUUCUUUUUUUAAUCUCACUUAAGAAAAUACAAGUUUUAUUUGAAAA